UACAUUAUCUGUGUUUCUAUGAUUCUGCGGAGUCUUUGGUUCUAUGGUGUAGUCAAAUUGUUUAAAAUAGCGUCCAAAGAUAUUUGCAACUAAUGUAAAUCAAAUUUAAAUGUUAGUGGAGGAGAGAGUAAAAGACAAACGUGAUUUCAUGUAGUGGUAGUGAUGUAGUUCCUUUUGUAUGCCUAGGGGUGAUAGAGACAUUGAUUACCAGUGGUUAGUUAAACAAGUGUGGAUUGCGGGUAUCUCGGAAUGUGGCAUAAUCAGGCUGUGUUAUGAAUGAGGAAGCACUUUUGUCACGGGCUUCCGAGGAGCGGGAGCUCAUCUUCGAGCGAUAUGAGCGGGGACGAGAAAAUCUCGUCGGUCAAAUAGACCCCUGGGAGGAUCCUGAAUUCGAAGAAUACCAUAAAACUGAUAGAUAUGGAUUUAUUCACGAUGAACGUUUGCCCCAAAAAACGGCGCCACAAAAAGUUAAUGCCGAAGUGGAGAGAGAAAAAAAGUGGAUCAAGAUGCUGUCUCAAUGGGACUCACCAUCAACAAAGGAAAAAUUACAUAGAAGGAUAUAUAAAGGCAUUCCAUUAUCUUUACGAAUGAAUGUAUGGAGUAAAUUAUUAGAUAUCAAUAGGAUAAAAUCAGAAAAUAUUGGCAAAUAUCAAAAAAUGCUUAAAUUAGCCAAGGCCUGGUCAACAGAUGUUAGGCAGAUUGAUUCUGAUGUAAAUAGACAAUUUCGAGAACAUCAAUUUUACAGAGAAAGAUAUUCAGAAAAGCAAUGCUCUUUAUUUAAUGUGCUUUGUGCAUACAGCAUGUUUAAUUCCGAAGUUGGUUACUGCCAAGGUAUGUCUGGGUUAGCUGGAGUAUUAUUAAUGUAUAUGGAUGAAGAAGAUGCAUUUUGGGCACUUGCAGUCCUCUUAACUGACAAGAGGUAUGCCAUGCACGGCCUUUACAUAGAAGGUUUUCCUAAGUUAACCAGAUUUUUGGAACACCAUGACAAGAUUCUUACUAAAUUUAUGCCAAAACUGAAACAACAUUUUGAUAAGUUUGGCUUGGAUGCAAUACUUUACUCUCUCAAAUGGUUCUUUGUAUGUUUCGUAGAGCGAGUUCCAUUUAGCUUAUGUUUGAGAGUAUGGGAUAUUUAUCUUCUUGAUGGUGAAAGGGUAAUAACUGCAAUGGCAUAUACAAUAUUGAAACUGCAUAAAAAGACAAUUAUGAAGUUAAAUGAUAUGGAUUUAAUUGUCAAUUAUAUCCAAGUGAAGUUGCACAAAGAUUUUGGCUAUGAAGAUGAUGUUGUGAUAUACCACUUGGAACGAUCUAUGGAGGAAUUAAAGCGAGCAAAGCUCGAUUAUCCAGGAAAUCCACCUCCUAGUGAAUUACCAAAGCGAUCUCUUGGAAUGUUUGUGGAACCUGACAAGAGAUCUAAAAUUGGUCAGCGUGCUGAAAAUUUUUCCGAGAGGGAGAAACAGGCUCGGGCGGCAGUUAUCUCAAGACGUGAAAAGGCUGAAUUGGAUUUACAAGUGUUACGAGCCUCGCAGAGUGACACAGUGUCAGUUGUGAACUCGACAGAGCACAGUGAGGUGGCAAGCGGGGCGCCGUGCGACUCUGUCUCUGGCCUGGGCUCGAGACGCUCAUUGGCGGACACAAGUGUGACAAGCACCGCCGACCUCAGUGUCUUCUCCAGCGGACGGUCCCAUGCGCCCGACAACUCUCUCGACACCCACAGCAUCGUCAGUGACGACGGCACAGGGUCAGAUGGGAGUGGUUUGCGACACUGGCGACGCUUUGAACCAGACACAUAUGCGUCACAGGCGCAACCUCUGUUACAUAGGUCGGGGAUAUGCGGUAUGAGCAUCCAAAGAGCGCCGUCGACCGCACACUCUACACCAAGAGGCACUCCCCAUCCACCGUCAGUGUCACCGAUGUCCGACGACGUUGUUCGUAUUCACGUCACAUACAAUCCUUUGUCCGCUAGCCCUUCGCAUCUCCAGCCAAUCAGCCCUUCGAAAAUGAAGAAUUACAACGAAGUACACCACAAACCAGUAUCCCUAGGCUUUUAUACAACAAAUGGCAGCAAUCGACAAACAGACAAUAGGAUUCGAAUACAAGUACCUUCGGAGGAAUUACUAACACCUGUAGUAGACUCGGGACGAAUUAUAAACCAACGUUAUAUUGAAUCUCAUACGGAAUUGUAUGAUCUUAAAUAAGUAUUUAUACAUUCAUGUAUAUAAUUAUCUUCGACUUUUCAUAUACCAUAUUCCAAUACCUUUUAAGUCUAUUCGUUAAUGAUAUAAUUUAUAUUGAAUCAGAUUUUAAUUAUUAUGUAAUCCAAAUGUAUGAAUAAUUUUUCCCUAAAUAUAUUUAUCCGCUAUACACUACAUACACAGCACAUGACACACUAACACACAUAUCUUAUAUUUCAUACGCACAUUUAUAUUUAUAGUAAACAAAUGACAAUGAAUGAUUAAUGCCUUCAAUAUAUCAAUCUAGCUCCGUUUAUCGUUGGUUUUUGAUAUCAAAAUCUCUGUAUAUCAUAUUUGAUGAAAUAGAGAUAACAAUAUAUUUUAAACGGGGAUUUUGAUUCCAGAAACCCGCAUGUUACAUUGGAUUUAAGUGUUAUAAGUACGGAAUAUUUGUUGAAGCAUCAAAGUUUACUGUAGAUCUUAGCUGAAAAGCCGUAUAUGAACAUUUAUAAACUGAUUAGAUAUAUUAUAAAAGCCUGCCUUGUUGACUAAUUAGUAAACUUUAAAAUUAUUAUAUAAGAGCGGAUGUACAUAUGUUUUACUCAGAUAUGUUAGUUGUACGAUUAUGUAAAAAUCUUGUUAAUGCACUAAAGCGUCAUACUGGUUGCUAAACAUUCCGACUGAUGCUAAUAUUAGUCGUUAAAAUGACAAUGACGUUUUGAAGACGAGUAAUCAUUUCCAUCCAGCAAUUAAUAAGCAAUAACUAGACCUUAAAUCACACAAACUUAUCGUCAUUAUUUUUUUGCGCUUAAUUAUGUUAAGUAUAUUUAAUAUCAUCUCAUCUAUAAUACAUUCUAUUCUAAAGGCGUGUACACACUAUGUUGGAAAAUGCUUGCUUCGAAAUAUAAUUUGACACUACAUUCAUACAAGUACAAAUUGAAGCGAACUGUCAAAUGUUAAAGAGGUGCGGAAAGAUUACGUGCAUAGUGUAUACCCACCUUAAUAUAUUUUAAAGGCCAUCUAGUUUUGGAGGAAGUUAACAUAAUGUUAGAUAUUGGUUAAGAUUUUCGAUUUGCUUUAAUUAUUUACUUUCUUUGUGUUUUUCUCUUUUAGUCUAUGUACCCUUUGGAUAGUUUAUGAAAAAACUUGUAAAAAAACUAAACGUUACCUUAGUAUUUAUCAUUUCUACUAAUGUAAUAUGAAAUAUUUAGAAUUGAAUGUCUCUUCCUUGCUGGCGUUUAUAACAGCUGUUGCUCAGUUUUCAAUACCUUAUAGUUUUAUUGUUUUUAAAAUUAACACUAACUUUUUAAGGCACAUGCAUCUCGUGCAUUUAUCGCCUAAUUCAAAAAAGAGUUUAUCAAUUUGUUUGUUUAUUUUUUCAUUUGGAAAAUUUCUUUUACAUUGCGAUUUUUCUUUAUAGAUGUGUUUGCGACUGUAUUUUAAUAUUAAAAUGUUGCUUUGCGAUAUAAAAAAGCCAGCGUUGCAAUGCUAUUGAAUUUGAGAGAAUUAACCUUGUUAGGCUAAAUGUAGUCGAAACAUGAUAAAGUUGUCCAGUUGUGUUGAUAUUCCACUUUAUUUUAGAAGCGGCAAUUAUCUUGCUACUAUAUUUUUUCAAAUUAAGUUUAUUUGUUAAAAAGCUGCAAAAAUUCAUAAAGCUAUUACUACGCCUUAGCGCCCCAUUACGUUUAAAGGUGAAUGUACUACAGCUUUUCUGAGUAAUGUAAAGUUAUUACGAAUGGUAUAAUAAAGCUAAAAACACAGUUUCCAAGGCACGUGUGUGAAAGGUUAAUACACUAGAACAUAUGAUAAAAGGGUUCGUUGUUCUGUUACAAGUAAUUGUUCUAGUCUAUACUUACCUUUAUGUUUUUUGUUAGUAUUAUGUUGACAAAAUGACGAUGAUGCGUGUGCGAUAAAAAAUAUACGCUCUAGCGCGGCUAAUGGAGGAGACAGUCAAAUCUUAUGCGCUAGCGCAUGUUUUCAAUAUGCAAAAAUAUAAAAUUGAAAAGAAAAAAUUUUAAAAUAAUAUAUUUUACUGUGAUUAUUGAAUCUCAAACGUAUGAUGAAUCUGAUUUUUUGUGUUUUUUUUU